ACUUCGAAUAUUACAACUUUAUUCAAAUAACUUUUUUUUUUUUUCAAUAAUACAAUAGUUCGAUAGUUUUUAUAGAUCUUUUGCUUUGCGUGUGUGCCAGAUGUCAGAUGUCGAACUUGUAUUCAAAGAUUUACAAACAAAAUUUUCAAAAGUUACCAAGCGUGUUCUUCAAAGCCGUCCCCUUUCAACAAAUCGGGAAAAAGUUGACGAAUAUAUGAAAUCUCUAAUCGAAACUUACAACGAUAUUUUAAUUCAAGUAAAAAAUUCGGAACAACAAGGAAACAAGCCAGCUUCUAUAAUUAAAAGUUUACCGCGGUGCAGAGAAAAACUACUUCAGUAUUUUCAAAAAAUUGGGUGUAAAGUUUUAGUACCCGAAGAUUUUUCAGCUUUUAUAAAAGAAGAUAUUUUAAAUCCUGAAGUAGAUUCCGACGACGACUUUGCUGACGCUUGUUCAGCUGGCACACCAGAAGUUUCCACCGUUAAAAAAAGUUGUUCUUUGCCUUCAUUUUAAAAUUUUUUACAAAUUGAAGAAACGCCUUGCGUAACGAUUAGUUCACCGAAUAUAAAUUUUACUGAAUAUACAAACGAAAUAAAGAUGGCAACACCUGAGCAAAAGAAAUCAUUUAUUGGCCUAUGUGCGUCUAUAAUCCGAGAAAACUAUAGUGGUGACCCCCUAUCGCUCGACUCAUUCAUUGACAAAAUAAACUUAAUUGAAGAAUUAUCGGAUGAAAGCUUAACUACAACAUUUAUAGCAUUUUUAAAGUCUAAACUCGAAGGCAAAGCGCGUGAGGUUUUACCCAGUCAAAUAAUUUCAGUGGAUCAAAUAAAGGUUGCGCUACGCAGCAGAAUCAAACCAGAUAAUUCCAAAGUUGUCUCUGGCAAAAUCGUGUCAUUACAUAUUACUAAUAACAACUAUGCCGAUUUUGCGAAGCGAGUAGAGGAAUUAUCUGACGCAUUAGAGCGAUCUUUAAUUAUUGAGGGUAUGACUCAAGCAAAAGCCCAUGAGUUAGCGGUAGAGCAGACAGUAAAUGUUUGCAGGCUGAAUAGUCGUUCAGAACUAGUAAAAUCUAUUUUAGCAUCAACCACUUUUACGGAUUCGAAAGAUGUAGUCGCAAAAAUGAUUGUAGAACACAAUAAUGAAGUCAAAGAGCGGCAGGUGUUAUCUUUUAGGUCACGGGCAAAUAGACCAAAUAGUUUUCGAGGAGGUUUUAGAGGGCAUAACAACUAUGGCUAUCACAACAAUAGUUUCAGAUUUAAUAACGGCAAUACAAAUAGGCACAAUAAUGGCAAUAACACAAGGCACAAUAACAAUCAAAAUAAUUACAAUAGAAGUAACAAUUUUAACAAUAGACAAAAUAAUUACAGAAAUAGCACAAGCAAUCGUUCGGCAAGCAACAGAAACAACUCUUCUCGUUCAAAUUCUAGAAACACUUCUAAUGUUCGAUUUUUAAACGCCGAUGCCCCUCAGGAGCGAACACAGGGGGAGCAGGAGCUAAGCAAUUAAACGUAGUUACCCCUGAAAAAUCAAUUUACUGCUUGAAUCUUAAUUAUUCAGAUUUUAUUGAAUUAAAUUGUACCGAUUCUUACAAAUUAUGUUCGUUUCUCGUAGAUUCACAGGCAGACAUCUUUUUAAUCAAGAUUUCCAGUUUAGCAAGAAAUUCAGCAAUUAACAGUAGCAAUACCAUAAACAUCACUGGUGUAACAACUGAAACGGUUACAACAUUGGGAACUAUGACAGUUUUAAUAUACCUUCUGACGGCAUACUAGACAAGGACUUUUUAAAGACGAACAGAUGUAUUAUUAACUACGCAAAUGACAGUAUAACUAUCGGCAUCGGGACAGAAAGCACUAAAAUAGCAAUUUUACACGGUUCAAAUACCGACACUUUAGUCAUUCCUCCAAGAUGUGAAGUUUUUCGUUUAUUUAAAUUGACUAAUUCCAAAAACCCUGUUUUCGUAGACUCUCACGAGCUUUGCUCUGGUGUUUUUACAUCAAAAUGUGUCGUUGACACAACAAAUCCAAUUUUAAAAGUAAUAAAUACUACGGACGAGGUAAAAUACGUUCGUAAUUAUUACAUCAAAGCUGAGGAUAUAAGUAACUAUAAUGUCUACAAAAUAAACGAAACUUCCCAAGAGACAAAACGUUUAGAGGAACUAAAGUCAAUUUUACAAAAACAAAUGCCAAAAUACGCUAAAAACAAAUUGCUUGAAUUAUGUUUACAAUACGCCGAUGUAUUCGCCUUAAAAACAGACCGUAUGACACUCAACAACUUUUACGAACAGAAACUUCGACUGAAUGACAAGACUCCCUUUUAUAUCAAAAACUAUCGAUUGCCGUACUCAAAACGCGAAGAAAUAAAUAGACAAGUCGAUACCUUACUGCGAAAUGACUUAAUCGAACCAAGCUCCUCUAAUUAUAACAGUCCAUUAAUUUUAGUACCAAAAAAAGAUCCAUCCGGCCAAAAAUCGUACCGCAUGUGCGUUGACUUUAGGGCGGUUAAUAAAAAGCUUAUCGCUGACAAAUUUCCACUAGCACGUGUGGACGACAUAUUAGACAACCUUGGUCGAGCAAAAUACUUUUCGACUUUAGAUCUGUUUUCUGGUUUCCAUCAAAUUCCAUUGCAUAAAAACUCGCGAGAUAUAACAUCUUUCAGCACUGACAAGGGAGCUUUUCGCUGGAAAGUUUUACCAUUCGGUUUAAAUGUAGCACCGAAUUCUUUUUCUCGAAUGAUGUCAAUAGCCUUUUCAGGCAUUUCUCCAA